CGUUCAGCCACGAAGCCUCUCCUGAGCCACUCCUCGCCGUACCGCCUUCACAGGGAUGUUUUAUUAUUAAGUGGAGAGGAGGAAGAUCAAAUGCGUUGUCUUGGCCUACUUGGAAAAAGCAGGACAUAAGUGAAGCAAACACAAUUAGAAAUGUUAUAAUAAUAAUAAUAAUAAUAAUAAUAAUAAUAAUAAAUAAUAAUGAUGUUACUGGACAGCCAUGUUAGCUUUCUGCUCACAAAUUCUGGCUCAAAGGAGCACGGAUAGAAAUUAAUCCGUGCCACUGACGUGCGCUAUGAUUAACCUUUGAACAGUCGCUCACGCCUGCUCUUUUCAAUCCUUUCCUGUGCAGGAAUGCUGGAUUUUAAGGUCGCUCUCUUGGGGCUAUGUUCCCCCUACUGGCAAUCCUAGCAUUCAAACAAGGGCAUGAUGGGAUAUGUAUGAUAGAUAUUCGCAUGGGUAUCCUAACAUGAUUUGGCUACUCUUUUAGCAGGGCAUACAUUAAGAGUUUGAUGCCAUUACUCUUCUUUGCAGAAUAAUGGAGAAAAUGGAAACAAAUAAUUCUGUGUGUGUAGAUGAUGAGGAAGGGGCUGUUCCUCUUGUGGAAAUGGAAGCUGCACCAGAACAAGAAGUUGUGGGAGAAAGUAACAACAUGGAGAAUACCUCAGAUUCUUCCAACAUGUAUAGGUAUAUUAAAGAUGACUUAUUUACGUCAGAGAUUUAUAAAGUAGAAAUUCAGAACCUUCCGAAAUAUAUUGGUUUUAGCGAAGUAAAGAAAUUCCUUGCCAAAUAUGGCCUGAACCCUCACAAGAUAAAGCUGCUGGGGAAACAGACGUUUGCGUUUGUCACCUUUAAGAGCGAGGAGGAAAGGGACAAAGCGAUGAAGGUCCUUCACGGUGUCCGCUGGAAGAAACAAAACCUGAGCGUCAGGCUGGCGAAGCCUAAGGCUGAUCCCAUUGUAAAAAAGAAGAGGAGAGAAGAGGAAGAGGGGGAAGAGACCAAAGAAGAGGUAGGGGCCAAGUGCCUGGCGCUGUCCAGCGAGAGCAGGGAAGAGCCGCUCAGCAAGCAGAUAGCAGAUGUGGUGACCCCUCUGUGGAAUACCUCGUACGAAGAACAGCUUUGCAAGAAGAAGCAGGAAUGCGAGCAAGUGCUGUUCAAGCUGACACGGGAAAUAGGAAACAACAACAGAGCUUUGCUGCCAUGGUUGUUUGUGCAGAAGGAGAAAUACAAUGGCUUGUGUUGUUCCUUGGAGGGAGUGAAGGCAUCACCAUUACAGACGGAGUAUCGCAACAAAUGUGAGUUUCUGAUUGGCAUAGGCCCAAAUCAAGAAGAUAAAACUGUGGGUUUUCGCCUUGGCAAAUAUAAAGGUGGGACAUGUGCUGUGGUGGAACCGUUUGAUACCAUACACAUUCCUGCCGUUACAAAGAAGGUAGUGAAGGCUUUUCAAGACUACAUAAGGUCUACACCAUAUGAUGUCUACAGCCCAGAAACUUAUGAAGGGCACUGGAAACAAUUAACAGUUCGUACCAGUAGGAACGGCCACAUCAUGGCAAUCGCUUAUUUUAAUCCACAGAAGUUGAGUAAAGAAGAGCUUAUUGAGCUGCAGGCUUCUUUGGCCAAGUACUUUACAGAAGGCAGUGGAAAGGACAGUGGAAUAACUUCUCUGUAUUUUGUGGAAGAAGGUCAAAGAAAGUCACCCAACCGUGAGGAUUUAAUCUUGGAGCACAUUGCUGGUGACAAGUACAUAUGUGAAGGUCUUCUUGGGCUAAAGUUCCGGAUUUCCCCCCAUGCGUUUUUCCAAGUAAACACACAGGCUGCUGAGGUUCUGUAUUCAGCUAUUCAGGAAUGGGUCCAGGCGAACCAAGAGACUACAGUGUUGGAUAUUUGCUGUGGAACUGGAUCAAUUGGUAUUUCACUUGCCAAGAAAGUAAAGAAAGUUAUUGGAAUUGAACUUUGUCAGGAAGCUGUGGAAGAUGCUAAAGUGAAUGCUCAGCUUAAUGAUUCUAAAGUAAUUCUUGCUAUUCGAAAAGCAGAACACUUAAAGAAGCUCAUUUAUGUAUCCUGUAAUCCGCGAGCUGCCAUGAACAACUUUGUGGACCUGUGCCGGACUCCCUCUAAUCGUGUCAAAGGAAGCCCUUUCCGGCCAGUUAAAGCAAUGGCAGUGGACCUCUUCCCUCACACAAUGCACUAUGAAUUGCUGCUGUUCUUUGAAAGAAUAGAGCACUCAAGCGAGAAAGCAGAGAAACCCUUGCAAGGCUCGGCAGAAGGCCCCGCGGUACAAUCAGAAGCGGCAGCCUCUACGGAAGAAGACAACACAGACUUGCCCAAAGAGACAGCAACCACAGGAAGUUGUGGCUAGUGCUGGUGCAGCUCCCCAGUUCAAAUGACAGGCCCGUUUUAAUUUGUUUAUUGUGAAGCUGCUGCUUCAGGAAACAUGAACAGCCAGUUAUUUUCCUCUGAAUACAAAACACUCCCUCUACCUGAAAGGUAUGUAACAAAAGGCCAAGGCGCUGGCACAAACCUGAUGCAGGAGGGACUUCAACAUAUGUGUGAACUUGGUUUUUAUGUCCAAGUGUGAAGGUUGACUGGCAAAUAUAUUUUAGAGCAAAGCUGUAUCGCAACCAAACAUAAUAAACAACUAGCAGUACCGGAUGGGAUUGUGCUGUAAUUGAGGAGUUCUCCAGAUUAAAGUGUGAUUGAGGUGUGCAGAUAGAAGCAUAUCCUGCCACAAGAAACAUACCACAGACCUGAGAAUACAGAGAGACUGUUGCUUUAUUUGGUACUUAGAACUACUUCCUGUCUUAAGAACAGCUCUUCUGUGAUUGAAUUAAAGAAGGAGGGGCUUCCUUAACUGUACGGUGCCCACAUCAGUGUCAACACGGGCCUAAAAGCUGCUCUGUCGGUACUGCCCAGGGGCAAUCCCUUCCUAUGGCAAUUCCGACAGCUUAGAAGUGCUACCUGAUACUUAAACGUAGGCUUUCAAUGCUAAAUUAAAACCAUUUCUAAGUGAUAAUUUUAAAACAUUAAAGUAUCUAUAAAGUU